CGUCUGUGUUUGUGAGCUGGACUAAACCAGUGGGAAACAGCUCCUUCUAUAAAGUACAGUGGACAGGAACAAGUGGCUCUGUAAAUGUCUAUGAGACGUUUUAUGAUAUUCCUAACCUGACUGCUGGUGUCCAGUAUGAAAUAACUGUCACUGCAGUGGCUGGUGAUAAUUAUACUGAAGGACAGAGUGCUACUGUCACCAACUACACAAAGCCUGAAGUAGUCACGAGUCUCUCUGCUGUUAACGUCACAACAUCGUCUGUGUUUGUGAGCUGGACUAAACCAGUGGGAAACAGCUCCUUCUAUAAAGUACAGUGGACAGGAACAAGUGGCUCUGUAAAUGUCUAUGAGACGUUUUAUGAUAUUCCUAACCUGACUGCUGGUGUCCAGUAUGAAAUAACUGUCACUGCAGUGGCUGGUGAUAAUUAUACUGAAGGACAGAGUGCUACUGUCACCAACUACACAAAGCCUGAAGUAGUCACGAGUCUCUCUGCUGUUAACGUCACAACAUCGUCUGUGUUUGUGAGCUGGACUAAACCAGUGGGAAACAGCUCCUUCUAUAAAGUAAAGUGGACAGGUGGAGGAACAAGUGGCUCUGUAAAUGUCUAUGAGACGUUUUAUGAUAUUUCUAACCUGACUGCUGGUGGCCAGUAUGAAAUAACUGUCACUGCAGUGGCUGGUGAUAAUUAUACUGAAGGACAGAGUGCUACUGUCACCAACUACACAAAACCUGAAAAAGUGAAGAAUCUUAAUGUCAGUGAAAUCAGAACAUCCUCUAUAUUUCUGAACUGGACUGACCCACAGGGUCAAAGGUCUUUCUAUAGAGUAGAGUGGACAGGUGGAACAAUAGAAAUGAAUAUGACUGUGACUGAAACUAAAGUAAAUGUCACUGAGCUGACUCCUGGAGUGAGCUACACUUUCACUGUCACAGCAGUGGCUGGAGACGACAGAACAGAAAGUGACGUAGCAACACUUUCUCUAUACACAAAGCCUGAAGUAGUCACGAGUCUCUCUGCUGUUAACGUCACAACAUCGUCUGUGUUUGUGAGCUGGACUAAACCAGUGGGAAACAGCUCCUUCUAUAAAGUACAGUGGACAGGAACAAGUGGCUCUGUAAAUGUCUAUGAGACGUUUUAUGAUAUUCCUAACCUGACUGCUGGUGUCCAGUAUGAAAUAACUGUCACUGCAGUGGCUGGUGAUAAUUAUACUGAAGGACAGAGUGCUACUGUCACCAACUACACAAAACCUGCUGUGGUCAAGAAUCUUACUUUCACCAAUUUCACAACAACAUCUGUGACUAUAAAUUGGACUAAACCAGAUGGGGGUGUCGACUGGUACAUAAUCCGGUGGAACGGGGGACAGCCGGUCUCCAAUCGCACAAAUGAAACUUUCUUUACUAUUCCAGGCUUAACCCCUGGCACCCAGUACAACAUUACAGUGGCUGCUGCUUCUGUAAACCAGUCAAAUGAGGGAGAUAACAGCUAUAUAUCUACCUUCACAAAACCUGCUGUGGUCAAGAACCUUACUUUCACUGGUUUCACAACAACAUCUGUGACUAUAAAUUGGACUAAACCAGAUGGGGGUGUCGACUGGUACAUAAUCCGGUGGAACGGGGGACAACAGGUCUCCAGCCGCACAAAUGAAACUUUCUUUACUAUUCAAGGCUUAACCCCUGGCACCCAGUACAACAUUACAGUGGCUGCUGCUGCUGUACAGCAGUCAAAUGAGGGAGAUAACAGCUCUACAUCUACCUUCACAAAACCUGCUGUGGUCAAGAACCUUACUUUCACCAAUGUCACAACAACAUCUGUGACUAUAAGUUGGACUAAACCAGAUGGGGGUGUUGACUGGUACAUAAUCCGGUGGAACGGGGGACAACCGGUCUCCAAUCGCACAAAUGAAACUUUCUUUACUAUUCCAGGCUUAACCCCUGGCACCCCGUACAAGAUUACAGUGGCUGCUGCUGCUGUACAGCAGUCAAAUGUGGGAGAUAACAGCUCUAUAUCUACCUUCACAAGGCCUGAAAAGCCUGGGACCAUUAGUGUUACACAAGGAACCAACACCUUAAGCAUCAGCUGGAUUUUGCCUCAAGGAAACAUUAGUUAUUAUCAGGUCAAUAUAUCCAAUGAAAACUUUACAAACUCCAGUCAAACAGUGGCCACAACAACCAAUUUUACUUCUUUAAAACCCGGGAGACUCUAUAAUAUCACAGUGACUGCUUUUGCUGGAAUCUUCUGGAAUACAUCUGACCAGGUGUCAUUUGCCACUGUUCCCAAAGCUCCAGGGUCCAUCAUCUUCAGUAGCCGGAGCAACUCCUCACUCCAGCUGCAGUGGGCAACACCUGAUGAGAUGACCGGAGCUCCAGACAUCAUAUACAGUAUCACCUAUCAGGCUGUGGGUGGUCCCAGUCAAAACACAACUUCCACUCAAAAUAACACUUUGCUUUCACUUCUUGACUCUGGAACCAACUACACUGUAACAGUAAAAACUAUUGGACCUGGAAAUUUAAGCAGCACGGUUGUUCAGAAUUCUUCUUUUACCUUGCCAAACCCUGUGAGGAAUCUAAUAGUCAGCCCUGAAUCUACUAUUUCACUAAAUGUGAACUGGUUAAAUCCACUGGGGGUCAAAUCGUAUUACAUAUACUUAGUUGAGACUUACAAUGACACAGGAGGACUUAUUAACUCAACAAAUAUCCCCGAUAACAGCACUUCUGUAGUACUUCUGAAUCUGAACCCAGGAACUAACUACAGUGUCACAGUCAGAACAAAAGCUGCAGAAGGAAGUGAAUCUACGGUGGAAAAGGCAUUCAGUUACACAAUACCUGAAGCAGUCUCAAACAUUACAGCCGUAGGAACCACAACUAGCCUUUCAGUGAACUGGACACUGGUGACAGGGAAGGUCUCCAGUUACAGUGUUGUGCUAAAUAGUGCUGGACAGUUAGUGAACAGGACGGUAAACAAUCAAACUGCAAACACAGUCUUUGUGGACUUGACACCAGGAGUAAUUUACUGUGUGCAGUUGAUCACCAAAAGUGGACCUUAUGAGAGUAACAGUUCACCUGUCUGCAACGCAACUUUUCCCAACCCUCCUGGCUCCAUCACAGUGAAAUCUCAGACGGUUAAUUCCAUCAACUUCACCUGGGCCCUUCCACAGAACAUGAGGCACAACCAAUACAACUUUAGUGUCAUCACCACUAACAACACCUUUGUGACAAAAGACAACUGGUUCCUGCUGGGGAACCUCCCAUCUGGAAGCCCCUACAAUAUCUCUGUUGUUACUGUGGGUGUAAUGGGAUAUAAAAGUACAUCAGUGACAACAGUAAACUAUACCAGACCAUUUCCUGUAUCCAAUCUGACUCAGACAGAAAUAACUACAAAUGCAGUGACCUUGGUGUGGAAACAGCAGGAGAGCAAAUUAAGCUACUCUUAUUGGGUGCAGGUCACCAACGAGUCCAAUGUUACUGUAAACGAAUUAAAUGUGAAAAUAACAAACGCAACAAUCAUAAAUCUUCGUUCUGGGAGCAACUUCAACUUCACUGUCACUACACUGACAGCAGAUGGCACUCAGGCAGAUCCUGGGACAGUGUCUUACUUCACACGGCCAUAUGGUAUUACUGAGUUGAAGGCUGAAACCAUAAACACAACUGCUAUAAAUCUGAAUUGGACGAAGCCAGCUGAGUACAAGGAUGACUAUAAAUAUCGAGUUGCUACAUCAGGCUGUGCCUACAAAAACGACACUCUGAGACAAGAAACCAUACAGAUCUCAGGCCUCGACCCUGGGACCAACUGUACCUUCUGUGUUUCUGUCAUGGCAGCAAAUGGCAUUGAAGGACAAACAGUCUGCACCUCUCAGUACACCAAGCCCGAGACAGUACAGCCCACUAUCUCAGGUCAUUCGAAUAGUUCCAUCACCGUGACAUGGACGAAACCUAAAGGAAAUGUGGAGAGUUACAGUCUUUACCUAACACCUAAUACAACUAUUCAAUCCCUGAACAAUUUGACUGCAUCGUACCAGUUUGCAAACCUGUCAGCUGGACGGGCGUACAGCGUCAUUUUAACCACAAUAAGUGGACCCUUCAAUGCAUCGUCUGAACUCGUUACUAACGCCACUCUCCCUAACCCUCCUGGGCCGAUUAAGAACCUGAGUAAAACAACAAGUUCCAUUGAAACUCAAUGGACAGAGGCGCCUCUGAUGACUGGUGCAAAAUUCUACUACCUGCUGACUUACACAUCAUCCCAGCAAUCCAAAAAUAUCACUACCACAAACACCAGAUGGAACUUCUCUUCCCUGUCUUCUGGGACUUCCUACAACAUUUCUGCGACAACUGUGGGGGAACUGGGAUUUCAGAGUGAGACGGUUUACAUCUACAUGGUCACAACAAGACCACUGGCAGUGCAGGACCUCAUGGCCACUCCAGGAGAGACACACAUCAUAGUCAAUUGGAGCAAUCCUCCUGAAUACAAGAAAAGCUAUAAAUACUUUUUGUCCUGGAAUCAAACUAAAUCCCAAAUGCAGGACUUCACAGUUGCACAAACUGUGUAUAAUAUCACUGACUUGGAACCUGGUCAGUGCUAUAGCAUUAACGUCACCACAGAGACCUCUGAUGGAACACAGGGUACACAAGUAACGAUCACCAGAUGCACAAAUGCAAGCCCAGUGACAAUCUUAGUCUGUCAAGGUCCAAACGACAAUACUGCACAAAUCAUCUUGUCAUGUUCCACACCCCCUGGCCAACACACUGGCUUCCAGAUGAUUGUAAAUGGAAACAACAUCACUACCAGCUCCUGCAAUUAUACUAUUUCUGACCUUAACCACAAUACUAACUAUAAUGUGACUGUAAAAACUCUAAGCUAUGGAAAUCCCAGCAUUCCUGUGUAUCGCAUGUGCUCAACAGGCAUAGCUAUCACUACUAUUGCUGUUGCUGUAUCAGUAGCAGUUUUUUUCAUUCUCUUCAGUGUCCUCAUCGCCUUUAUUAUCUACUGGAAAAGGCUAGCCAAAAAAGAAUCACCAGACAUCCAGAUUCAAUCUUUAAGAGCCAAAGUAAGUGUGGCCGUGAGUGUGGAGGACUUUGAGGCUUAUUACAAGAAGCAGAGAGCAGACUCCAACUGUGGCUUUGCAGAAGAAUUUGAGGACCUGAAGGUUGUUGGCACAGCUCAGUCAAAGUUACAUGCACUGAAUGUGGAGAACAAGCCUAAGAAUCGCUACAACAAUGUGCUUCCAUAUGACUCUUCUAGGGUGAAACUUUCAAUUCUCCAUGGAAGUCCGUCUGAUGAUUACAUCAAUGCUAACUACAUGCCGGGUUACAACUCGAGGAAGGAAUUUAUUGCAGCUCAAGGUCCUUUACCCACCACGGUCAACGAUUUCUGGAGGAUGAUCUGGGAGAAGAAUGUGCAGACUCUGGUCAUGCUGACACGCUGUAAUGAACAGGGACGAGUAAAAUGUGAGCAAUAUUGGAGUUCUGGUACCAUGCGUUGUGACAACAUCAUUGUAACAUCAACCUCUGAAAUACCACUUGAAGACUGGACCAUCAGGGACUUUGACAUUAAAAAUGUGAAAACAGCAGAAACCCGAGCAGUUCGUCACUUCCACUUCACAGCUUGGCCAGAUCACGGGGUACCAGAAACCACAGAGCUCCUCAUCAGCUUCAGACAUUUAGUCAGAGAGCACAUGAACCAGUACUCACGACACUCUCCCACGGUGGUCCACUGCAGCGCUGGUGUGGGGCGCACAGGUACCUUCAUCGCCAUUGACCGACUGAUUUUCCAGAUUGAAAGAGAAAAUACAGUGGAUGUGUUCGGCAUUGUUCAUGACCUGCGCAUGCACCGACCACUUAUGGUGCAGACAGAGGACCAGUAUGUGUUCUUAAACCAGUGUGCUUUGGACAUCAUCCGGUCGAGAACGGGGACCAAUGUGGAUCUAAUCUACCAAAACACCGCGGCACUCUCAAUCUAUGAAAAUAUUGGCCCAAAAAAAGGGUCUCCCAAAAACGGAUACCACAACGCAUAGGCCCAGAAAUCCAUCAGUUCUUCCAUCUCUCUCUUCACUUUUAGAAAGAAACUGAGCAGAUAUCUGUGAAGGGGAGGCUGUGAGCACAUUUUCCUGGAUUUAUUUUUAUACAUUUUAGGCUUUUGAUAACAGUCAUCUAGCUUCCUGGAUUCAAAAUCUGAUUUUUUUUAUAUUUAUUUGUUAAGAUUUAUGAAUGUUGACAGUGGACGAAACUGCACAUAGAGCUGCAAUAAUGGAUUAUGUGUCUUGGACACUUUGCUAUAAUUGCUUAUUUUUGUAUUGCUAAGAUGUUUAUUAAAUUCUUCUUAAUACUGUAUAUGACUCACUGAUGAUUAGAUCUUUUUGCUCAGGUAGUGUGAUGGAUGGUGUACAGGUAUUUUUGAUCAAGAAAAACUUAUAAUAACCUUUGCCUUGUAUAAAACAAAUGCUGGUAUGAAUACUGUGUGCCUUUUAACAACCUGCUUCACCAAUAGGUGGCACUCUUAUGUCUUCAAAUAGAAAAGAGAAACGUCUUAAAUCCAGCCGUCUGUUUGUGCAUAUUUUAAGCCAAUAUGAACUCUGCAAUGUGUUUAAAUGAAGGAGCCUUUUGCACAUGUAUGCACUGUAUUGUAAAUAAUGCACUGGAUGCAUUUGUCGUCUACACUGUCUACUAUGGAGAUGUUUUUAUCAGUAGCAUUAAUAUUUUUGGCCAGUGCUUUGUAGACUGUUAGGAUUAUUUCUAUAUACAUACAAUAAUUUUAUGAUUACAAUUUUACUUGCCUCAAUAAAAAGCUCAGGAACUCAAUUAAACUGAACGUGUUCCCAGCAUCUAUGAUGUUUGUACUUUGACGAACUUAGUCCAUUGUUUUGUCCUUAUUUUCUACAUUGUGCAUUCCUCACAGAAACUGUAAUGUUAUGUCACUUCCUGCUACACAUCCGAUCCUUGUAUGGAAAUAUCCUGUGAUGUUAAAAUGGCAUCAAAGAGCAGGAUUUUCCAUGAGGCAGAUACUUUACUUUUUUUAAAGAUAAUUCAAUAAAAGAGUAAGCCUGUAGCUAUUUUUUAAAACUUAUUGUAUUUUUAUUUUAUCAUAGUGUAUUUAAAGCUAUUUUGAGCAUUUGGGUUUUAAGUGAAAAAUAUGUAUAAUAAUUACUAAGGUUUUAGGAUGUUUUAUAUGAUGCUUGCUGGUACAAUGUGAAAAUAUAUAAAGAAAAAGACAAGGAUUCAAAAUUUGUAUACAUUUUAACCUGUCAUAUGAAAUGGGAUUAAAAACUCUGCAACAUA